AGAACACACUAUGAACUAAGGGGCUAUGACACUGAGGAAGGAACCGAAUGGCCAGCAACACCAGUGGGUCAAACAGAGAAACAGCCAGAACAGGAUAAGGCGGGUACUGACGCUGUCAUAUCGUGCUAUAAGGACCUUCAAAUCCCGCAUAUCAGCCAAAAUCAACAUUAGUCAGCAUAUUCAGGAAAUAUCUGCAUUAACCGUAACAAAAAACAAGCAAAGAAAAAAUAUGAAAAAAUAGAUGAGUGCCGAAGCCACCCCGCGCACCGCGUCACGGAUUAUACCGCAGUAUUUAAAGGACGGUGGAAGGUGAAGGAAGCGCCGUAAUCCUCACGUGUUAGGCGCCCGGAGGUGAUGACAACGCAGGUCUAAUCCGGCCACCUUGUUGCUUUUUUUUUGUCAAGAACAGACAAGUAAGGGUUGCCAACUCUGGUCAGCUGGCUGGAGUGAUAUUUUCCAUUCGAUGUCUGCACACUCAUUUACAAACUGAAGGUUUCAGGCCAAAGACCAAUGACGAAGACAGCUUAUACCUCUCUGCUGGGAAAAUGUUUAGGAACCUGAAUAAAUUCAGAAAGUUAUUAUUGAUUGGAAUAUUUAUUUCCACCAUAGGAUACUUUUUUUACAUUAAAUUGGAAUUAAGUCUAAACUACAAUUUUCUAGAGCUCACUGAUAAGCGCAUUGAAAAAUUGUGCAACUGUACAAAGAUCCUGAAGAAAGAUCAAGAGGAAAUUGCGAAUGCAAAGUUGAAUUUGAUAACCAAAAGCUUUCGAAACAGAAGCACGAUUUCAGACAAGCAUUACAUUGAAUGGACUAAAGACUGCGAGAAAUUCCGAGUAAUGAGGAAGUAUCUGACUUUUCCCCUGAGUCAUGAGGAGGAGGUGUUUCCUAUCGCAUACUCCAUAGUCAUUCACCAGAAGAUCCACAGUUUUGAAAGGAUGCUCAGGUCUAUUUACAGCCCACAGAAUUUUUAUUGCAUCCAUGUUGACCAAAAGUCUAUGCCAUCAUUUCAGACUGCCGUGAAAGGCAUUGCUGCCUGCUUUGACAAUGUCAUCGUUUCCAGUAAACAGGAGAGAGUUGUGUAUGCUAGCUGGAGCAGGGUCCAGGCUGACAUCAACUGUAUGGAGGACCUGUAUAACCUGAAUUCUAACUGGAAAUACUUUAUAAACCUCUGUGGUCAGGACUUUCCCAUAAAAACCAACCUGGAAAUAGUGCGGAAACUGAAAGUUUUGAAUGGCAAGAAUAAUCUUGAGACCGAACAAAUGCCAACAUACAAGAAAGUCAGAUGGGAAAAAGUACACAAGAUUGUCAACAAUAACAUACAGAGAACAAAAGAAAACAAAGAAGCACCUCCAGUUAAUACCCCUAUAUUUGCAGGGGGUGCUUACAUCGUGGUUUGCCGGGAUUUUGUGCGAUACGUUCUUCAGGAUCCAGCAGCACACCAGUUGAUCAAAUGGUCGAAAGACACCUACAGCCCCGACGAGCAUCUGUGGGCGACGUUACAGAGGCAGCCUGGAGCUCCUGGCUCCGUCCCCAUCAGUAACAGAUAUGAUGUCACCGAUGUGAAUUCAAUUUCGAGGCUAGUGAAAUGGCUGUAUUUUGAAGGACAAGAAUCAAAGGGAGCCAUGUACCCUCCCUGCGAGGGGCAUCACGUCCGGACUGUGUGUGUUUAUGGUGUCGGGGACCUCAAGUGGAUUCUGCAGCAGCCCCAUCUGUUUGCCAAUAAGUUUGACUCGGACGCAGACUAUUUUGUCCUGUACUGUUUAGAAAGUUACUUGCGCCAUAAGGCCCUGGCGGAGAUGGACUGAUAGAUUUUGUCUCUUCAAGGUAACUCCCAAUGCAUGUGUAACAUUUAGCUAGCCCAUCUUGCUAAGUGAAGAAGAUACUGCUGAAGGCGUAAACGGAAAUGACCAAAGUAUUUGCCACAGAAAGCCUGCUGUUUGAGCCCUGGGAAAGGAAUAUUGCUGCUGCUAACGGUGUAUAAGAGUUGCACAUACUGUAUGUGUUUUAUUAAUGAUUGUUUGUUAUCAGUAGCAUCCACCUGUUUUUGUUUAAAUAUAUUCCAGCAUCACUUGAAAUGAAUAAUGAAACCAUUCUUCAUUUGGAUUUUCAUUUCACACCACAGAAGGGCUGUUAACGACAUUUUGGAAUAACUAGGGUGUUUCUCGAUAUGCGUACUUGACCGCACUUGACCAUACUUAUGUUCUCUUGCACAUGUUUUGCGGCAUCUUCCAAUACUCCAGUAUGGAGGACGGUAAAAAAAUUCUGGAUGUUGUUCUUGCCCCACCCCAAAUAUCAAGGAUACAUUGGUUGAACCCUCACCAAAUGAAAUCAGUCCCAUGAUUCAUUGUGCCAAAGUUUGUUCUUUGUAGGCAAAUUAACAAGACUGGUCUCGCCAAGACCAUAAGUACGAUCUUUGUGUUCUUGGUUUUGAGAAACACCCCAUAAUUUUACGUUGUCACACAAUCACAAGACUAGAUUUCAUGAAUAGGAGCUUUAAAUAUGAAAACAGAAAAAAGAGAAAGCAUUUAACAAAAAUAUUUUGCCUUUCUGUAACCUUUCUUUUCCAAAAACUUGGGCUUCCCAAAUCCCUUUUUCAUCUUAGCAAAACAGGGGGUAAAAUAAGAAUACGGAUUUUUAUCCAUACAUCCAUCCACCAUUCAUCCAUUACAGGGACACGGUAAGAAUAUAUUACUUAAUAUUUCUUAAGAAAAGUAAUUAUUCUUACAAAAAUAUGUAAUGAUACUGACUCAUUUAUCAAACAUUAAAACUUCACUAAAAAGA